CUCCAAACAUCACGGACAGGGUUGAUUUCAGGUGUACAUUCUCUCCUGCCGAUUGUUGUGGGCUCGAUGAUACCCUGACAGCUCAGUUGGAGGAACAAUUGGCCCCACGGUACCUUGUAGGCAACAAAUCACGAAUCAAUGACGGGUAGCUCAAACUUGUGGAUAGAUACAAAGCUUGCGGCUGAACCGAUCAUUUACGCGUCAGUUAAUUAAUAAUCUAUUCUAGAUUGUGAACUUCUGGACUUGCGAACUCAUGGUCCUUUUGUCAUUAACCCCCGCAGAUAUUAUGUUGUAAAAGUUGGAUAAGAGGAAGACAACUACUGUUAUCCCGAAGCUAUUUGUCUUUUGAUGUUUUCAUAUGCUCUAUGGCAAGAUAUCAGAUGGCGUUCAACUUGAGAAAGUACCGGGCCAUCGCCAUCUUCAUCCUCGUUCUUCUCUCUAUUCGCAUUAACAAGUCAUCAUUAAGGAACUUUCUGACAGUCGCUAUCGGUGCUGGUAUAGCAUGGACCGCCACUCCGUCGCAUUCUCGAUCGGGGGUGAUGAUAUCUAGGGCACUAAUUGUUCUUGCAAUUGCUAUGUCUCCUGUUCCAAGCGUACUUCAGUUUACUGCUCGUCAAAUCAUACAGAAAAGUUUAUCAAAGUCUAAGCCAAAAAAUGGGCAGAAUCGUUCCAACACUUCAGCCAUUGAGGACAUCCCCGCACCCUCGAACCCAGAUCCCAUUAAAAUUCUUCACAAUCCUGCGAAUGCUACUGUAGAGUAAGAGAACCCGUUAUUUUGCUGAGAUAAUACCCCUUUAUUUUAGUUUCCGGGCUAAUGAAAAUCAACCCUAAGUAUCAUCGCCGUGCACGGAUUGGGCUCCAGCGUCGAGACAACUUGGACACAUAAAGGGACUAAGAAGCUAUGGCUGAGAGACUUCCUUCAUCUGGACUUUCCAACGGCUAGGAUCAUGACAUAUAGACAUAACUCGAAAUGGAUGGGCGGUGCUACUGCCAAGGAUUUGACUGGAUAUGGCAAGCAGUUCUUGAGUGCCGUUCAAGAUAGCCGAGAGGGUUCAGAGGUAAGUCUUCCCUAGAGUUCCCAAAUACCAACAUUAGAUCUUAGACAUGGUGCUAAUUUAAUAUUACAUAAACCAGGACCGACCAAUUAUUAUCAUCGCGCACAGCUUUGGCGGGCUAUUGAUCGAGCAGGUACGUUCUCGCAGCUUACCCAUAUACAUUCAGCUUUCUGGCGCAGAUCUCUCAUUAGAUAUUUUUCUGUAUACUUAGGCACUUGUAACUGCAAAGCGACCUAUUGUUGAUGCAAGAUUCAAAGAAAAGAAUAGGAGGCUCGUUAGUAGUCUAGCAGGUAUAAUAUUUCUAGGCACGCCUCAUGCUGGUUCGGGCUACUCUCGGCUAGGACAGCUAUAUUGUCUGUUCCAUUAUUGGAACGGCUCUAGUCCAGUGCUCCUGAAUUACAUGGAUCCUGGAUCUGAAGAGACGCGCAAACUAGAGGACGAGUUCUCAAACGGGUACGAUCAUGUCAGGUCCAUCGAUUUCCAUGAGGAUGUUCCCAAUGUCAUCCUCUGGUUCCGCGUGAACUUGGUCAGUUAUAAGAACCACUCAUCUCAAUUAUUUAUACACUGACGGUAGCCUGAAUAUUCUAGGUUGUUAAUCAGGAAAAUGCUACCCGCGUAGGGCGUCGAUCGUUGCCCCUAGACACUGAUCACUAUGGAUUAAAUAAAUAUGAAAACCGUGAGGAUGCUAGCUACAAGGCCGUCAAGAGCGAAAUCAUAGAAAUGAUCAAAGCAAGAAUUGGUAAUGUACCUCGCAUCAAACUUCAACCAGGACUUUCGUGAAUAUAAAUUAACUGAGAGAAGAGAAUGAUAAGAAAGAAGAGAUCAAAAUCGGUAUGUACACCUCCGCGAAGAACAUCUGAGGUGAUUUGUCGCAUUAAAUGUUUGUGAAGAUGAUAAAUAUCAAGCCUUGCUUGAGUCCAUCGGUAACCAUCGCCAUAAUUUCAAAUCGGUCCGAGAGAAUCGACGCUCAGCAUUAACCCCUGGUACAUGUCAAUGGAUACUAGAGCAACAGGAAUUCCUGCGUUGGUCGGAGAACACAGUAAGCAAAGUCAUGUGGGUUCUUGGGAAGCCCGGUUCUGGUAAAAGCUUCAUAUCGGAGGUAAGUUGUAAUCAACUUUAAAGAUUUACCCUCUACGCAAUUGCUGAGUUUCGGCCAGUAUCUUUGUGAUUAUUAUCAACGGCAAAAAAAUAUUGUCAUGUACUUUCUAUUCGACAAAAAAAACGAAGCAAAAGAAUCACAGUCUCUGGACAAGUUCUACACAACCGUCUUACAUCAAUUGCUUGAGAGUAUCUCACAGACGCAGCCCAAAUUAGCAACUGAUUGCCUUGAAAUGGCCCGCAAGCAGAUGAAACAUAAAGACUCUGAUUCCGAUGAGCCCUUCAAAACAUCCAUAGAGAUGAUCCUAGCCAAGCUCCCGUCCUCGGCGUAUCUCAUCAUAGAUGCUUUGGAUGAAUGUAUCGGUAACACGACGGAUGCUUUAAUGAAAUGGAUUUCCUACUUGGAGUCCCUUCCAAAUCUGCGGUUGUUCAUCACGAGCCGCUCAUUAGAUUAUAUCGAAGAACUGACUUGUCAAAAAGACGGCCCGUCCUACAUCCUCCGACUUUCUUCAGUUAUUCAUCAAUCAAAAAAAGACAUUCGCCUCUACAUUAAUCAGCGUAUAAAGAAGCCCGGUCAUAAGUUUCCUGACAAUAUGAGUGCGGUGGUAAAGGAACUUGAAGCAAAAUGCAAUGUACGUGGACAUCUUCCCCAGUGACUUCACACUUAUCGAAGCAUACUCUGACUUAAUCAGGGAAUGAUCCUUUAUGCAAGACUUAUGCUCGAUAUCCUCGAGAAAGUCCCUGGUAACGAGAAUCUGCUCCUUGAAGAAUUGAAGAAGUUACCAAAUGACUUGGCAGAACUCUAUUCAAACCUGCUCAAGGAGAUUAAGUCUCCCGACUUGGCAGUUAAAACUUUUAGAUGGUUGGUGACAUGCAAAACUCCUCCGACCUCAGAUGCGCUUCAUGGUGUUUAUAAGCUGAGCGGCGGACCAGAAAAUAACAUAAGCAGAGACCGAUUCAGAAGCUUUCUUAUAGAGAAAUGCUCCCCACUCAUUGAGAUUCUCGAAAAUGACACCGUCAGGCUUGUUCAUACCACUGUGUCUGAAUUUCUCAAAGGAGAUUCUAUUGAGGAAAGCCGUACUAAAUGCCCCGAUUUAUUUCUUGUCAGACCAGGCGAGGGCCACCAAUUCGUUGCCCUCAUCUGCGUGAAAUGUCUUCAACUCAACCAGCAAGAUACUCAACUCUCGCAAAACCUUUACGAAUACUCGGUGCGUGAGUGGGAAACUCACAGUAAGCUGGGCGAGGUUCAAAUCGUGGACUGUAGCACAGACAAGGAGGUGCUGAUCUCAUUCUGUACGGGGCCUAGAUUUCACGCCUGGCUGGACGCGCGUGGACAGUUAGAUGGCCGGUUCAAAAUGUACUUUGCACUUGGUCACCAGCGGAUCUACCCAACUGCUUUGCACAUCGUUAUUCUUUUCGACUUGUGGUUUUUGGGAGAGCACUUUCUGUGCCAAGACAUAUUGCAUCAAAAAAUGCUGAAUGCACGUGAUGCAACCGAGAGUACCCCGCUUCAUUUAGCGGCUUCUCAAGGACAUCCCCGCAUUGUUCGUGCCCUACUUAAGGCUGGAGCUCGAACAGAUAUCAAAGAUAUGAACGACUCACUUCCUUUGCAUCGCGCUGUGCGUCGCGGAAAUUCGGAAACUCUCAUCGAAUUAGUCGGUAGAUAUAACGAAGUAGAUCUCCAGGCUCGCGACAAGUACAAACUGACGCCUCUCCAUAUUGCCUGCCAGCUCGGAUGGGAUAAAUGCGCUGAAAUUCUUAUCAAUUGUGGCGCUUCAGUCUCAGAUGAUACCCAUGCAGUGGAAAGUCCGAUUGCAUUUGCUAUUGCCAACGGACAUCUUCCAGUCGUGCAGGUACUUCUGAAACAUGACCCCUCCUUGAUCAAAGAAUGUGGCAAGCCCCUCAUCCAAGCGGCAAGAAAAGGUGCCAAUGAUAUUGUGGAAUUUCUUUGUGACAACAAAGUCGAUAUGUCCUAUAAAGACGGGCUAGGCCAGACCGCACUUCAUAAGGCAUGCAUCUCAGGUGAUUUGACAAUGGUGAAGAAACUAUUGAGCUUGUCUGUACCCGUGGAUCCACUCGAUAACUCUGAACGCGCCCCUCUGUAUUUUGCAGCGGAAAAAGGCUUUCUGGAAAUUGUGGAUGUACUUAUCAAAGCCAAAGCUGAUGUGAACAACCUCGAUCGAAGGAGAGAAACGGCAUUGUUCAAACCAGCCGGCAAUGGACAUUUCGACGUAGUGGCUCGCUUACUUGAUGCUAACACUGAUGCAACGAUACUUGAUCUCUGGAAUAGGACCCCGCUGCGAUUUGCUGCCCGCAAGGGUCAUAUCGAAAUUGUCAAAAUGUUACUAGAACGAACCAAGAUUGACCAGGAGUUCCCUGACUGGGUUGGUCGAACAACCCUUCACAAUGCAGCUGCCUCUCUGCGAGAGGGUCAAGAGUCUGUCAUUGACUUGCUCAUUGAGCAUGGGGCUAAUCCUAAAGCGAUAGUCACGUCUGAUGGGGGCUCUGCGCUUCAUGCAGCCAUUCUUCGUGAGAAGGGUCAACCCCCGGCAACGGCUGCAUUAAUCGAUCGACUUAUCAAAAAUAAGGUUCCACUAGAAAUUGUUGAUAAACGUGGCUACACGGCGCUUUUUCUAGCAGUUAACAUCAAUGUUGAAGCCGGCAAGCUCCUGCUCGAGGCCGGCGCGCCCCUCGAUUGCGAAUCCUUGCACGCUACAAUCCAGACGGGCAAUGUGGACUUAUUGGAAGAAUGCCUAAAACUAGACUCCUGUCCUAAAUUGUCAGGGAGAGAUUCUUGGGGUAUGACAGCUCUUCACCUCGCGGCGAUUCUAGGUCGCGACAAUAUUGUGAAGAAACUCCUGGAAGCCGGAGCACCGACAAGAUGUUGGGACAUGAACAACAUGGACCCUCUCAUGUGUGCACAACAAUAUAAUCACAUCAGCACCGUAAGCCUACUUCAAAAUGCACAGUUAUUACCCAUGGGUGAUUACCAGUCUCGCGUAGAGCAGGGUAUUUGGGGUCGAACUGCUUUGCACUGGGCUGCAGAAGCCGGGGAAGACCUAGGUACAUAUAUCAUGGACGAAUCUCUAAGUCAUAUUAUCGAUGAUUUGGAUGACUUACAUUGCACUGCUCUGCAUUUAGCAGUGUUAUCAGGAUCAUUGAAGACAGUCCAGCAGCUUCUAUCUGCUCACGCCCAGACAGGCCUUGCCGAUACUUUAGGCAAAACUCCACAACAUUACGCAACUAAACAGCCAGAUGUCAACAUCCUAAAAGCUAUCAUUUCAGCAAAAGCUGAUAUUGAUGUUAAGGAUGACUGGUCGCGAACACCUCUGCACUUAGCUGUCGAGGAGGGUCAUGCAGCAUUAGUAGAGGAACUGAUGCGUGCUGGUGCGAAAUUAUCGGAAGAUAAUGCCAAAAAUAAUCCCCUGCAUAUCGCUAUCACUUCGGGAAAAGAUGAAAUAGUCCGUAUUAUAUUAAAUAGCAAAUGUGGAAAAGCAGCGGUGCUACAACGGGACGGUGACGACAGGACUGUAUUACAUCUUGCCUCUCAGUUUGGCAGAUCGAAUAUCCUGACGGAUAUUUUCGAUUGCGUUCCAGAACCUGCUUCUAUAAUUGACUGCAAGGACUCGGAAGAAAAGACGGCGCUUCACUUAAGUGCCCUCUAUGGGCACCCCGAAAUUACUCGAAAGCUUAUUGAUAGAGGGGCUAUUGUAUACAAGGUAGAUAAAGACCGAUUCAUGCCCGUCCAUUUUGCGGCCCGGGCCGGUCAUGAAGAAAUCGUGAAAGAUCUCAUUAAUGCUCUUCCGCGGCAUGUUGAUUGGUAUCUUCAGAAAUCCGAUCAGUCACCUCCAGCCACCGAGUUGGAUGCCGUUUAUUACGAGCAAGCUUUUUGGGAGGCUUUGUAUCAUACUCAAGCUGUUACAUUGAAUCGAGAAAAAAAUUGCUGGGAAAUGUCCGAGGAGAAGUUGACUCCUGAAUCUCGAGAAACGCUUCGAAAUGGAAUUAUUUCGGAGUUGAAUAUAUUUGAUAAGAACGAUAAUAGCAUUCCCAGCACAAUACUGAUGCAGGCUGUUGAGGGACGCCACGAAAAGAUGGUCAGGCUUAUUCUUCAAAUGAUUCCUGAAAUGCCUAUACAAGCGAGAUCCUACCAUUACUCCAAUGUUCUAUCCCUAGCUGCACGAAAUGGAGAUACAAAAAUAGUAUCUCAACUCAUCGAGCACAAAGCGGAUCCAAACGCUAUUACCGAUAUGCAGGACACAUGUCUACACGAGGCUGCAAAAAAUGGACAUGAUGAAGUCAUCAAACAACUCGUUGUCGAAGGCGCCAAUGCGGAUCUCGCUCGUCUUCAUGACGGCUACACGCCUCUUCAUCUGGCAGCGGAAAACGGACACACCAAAGCGGUCGAAGUACUUUUACAUGUCGCUUAUUUGAACGUUCGAAAUGAUUUGGGACGGACCCCUCUACAUUGUGCGUGUCUGAAAGGACAUGAGAAUGUUAUCAAUUCUCUACUUGAUGCGAAUGCUGAUGUAUCGGUGCGAGAUUAUGAAAUGCGGACACCGCUAGAAAUAGCGAUCGAAGUGGGUAUCUCGGAUGAAGUACGAGAAAAGAUCCAGAGUAGGGCUAUUUUGCAGAAAGUUCAGGUUUGAGACUUAGAGCCUGGUUGAGAUUACUAUGUGUUGUUUUUAAUUUGGUCAUCGAGAGCUUCUGGGUGGUUGCUUGCCCGUACAGGAUAUGAACCUCUAACGUAUUGACUACCUACGGCGCUCUCUCCACACAUAAACUCACUCAUCAAGUCAUCAACUCAACCACUUCGAAUUCAACCUCUUUAUUUUCCUUCCAUAAUUACUGUCAGAAAUAGUGAAUUAUGAUGACAAAUGCACUAUUCACAUUACGUACAACCUCAAUAUUAUUGAGGCCACAUAGUAAUAGCUUCAAUUAUACAAUCAUUACACCCUGAAUCAUAUUUUGUGAUAAUU